AUGCCGAAGAAAGCAGCUGGCGAAAACUCCAAAAAGGCUGCUGGCAAUGCCAGAAAAGCCGAGGCUGCCGCCCAAAAGCAGGCUGUCGCAGACUCCAAACGCGCUGCUGAAGAGGAUACCGAAUGGUCAAAAGGAGCCAAGGGUGCCAGUGCUAAGAAAGAAUCAGCCGAAGCCAAAAAAGCCGAAGCAGCCCGCAAAAAAGCCGAGCGCGAUGCCCUGCUAGCCGAAGAAGAAGCCUCCCAACCUUCCAAAGCUAAAGGCGCAGGCGCCAAAACCGCACAAAAGAAGUCACGAGGUCUCGACCUUUCGCAGCUUGACAGCGAUCUCACMCCUGCUAGCCGUAAAGCAGCCACUUUGAAUGCGUCUGGUAUCGAGAACGCGCUCGAUGCGCUCGAACUGACCGAGUCCGGGAACAAUACCAAGAUUGACCGACACCCGGAGAGGAGAUUCAAGGCUGCCUAUGCGGCUUUUGAGGCGAGACGACUGCCGGAGAUUGAGGCGGAGCAUCCGGGAUUGAGGAAGAAUCAGCGGGUGGAGAUUUGCAGGAAGGAGUUUGAGAAGAGUGAUGAGAAUCCGUUUAAUAGGGUCAAUGUUGCUCAUGAUGCUACGAGGGAGGAGGUUGCGGCGAUUAGAGACGCGGAGAGAAAGAAGAUCGAAUCUCGACUGGGUGGGAAGUGA